UAAACUAAAAUUUUUGAGUAUUUUGAAGCGCAUAAUUAUGGAGGUAGUAAUAGAUUGUUAUUUUGAUCAACUUUUUGAAGGAAUGGAAAGAAGCAGUCUUGCUUCACGACAUAAACGUAGACAUUUGGUUAAAUACUUUUCUGAAGUCAUCAACAAUUGCUCAAAAGCUGAAAAAAUAGAUACCGCUGACGUUUGCGAGCGAAUAGUAAGGGCGGCACUACGUUACCACAAUAUCUCCAUGGCUGACAAUGGCUCGGUUUGCAUGCUUGGCAAAUUUCAUAAUGUCCUUUAUGUGGCGGCGAAGCUCUGCUACGACUGGCGACUCGAAAACAAUGACGUAGUAUCGAAGGUUCUCAACGAUAUGUUUUUUUGUGAAAAAACCUUUGAGCGAAUAGUCGUUGGUGCGAUAUUUGGAACAAGAGUUACGCACUUUUUGUCUGGCUGGAAAAGUGACUUCGAGGAUAGAGAGGAAAAUCUCAGCGCUUUUAUGUAUUUCCUUAAUCACGCGAUCGAAGGCCGACUGCAAUACUAUUGCCCAAGAUUGACGUCCACAAGACGAUUCAUCGACGUACCAAUGGAAUCGUACGGACAAGUGCUACCUCUGCGCGUUGCCGUGCAAAACGGUUCACCGGACAUCCUACUGAUAAUGUUGCGGUACGGCGCGUCUACGGAGAAUGACAUGCUUGCCCCGGCGCCUAUCGAGAUUCUGCUCUCGCGGCUGAACGAGUACGAGGAAGAUGUUAAAUGUCCAGAGCAGCUGCUACUAUGCCUCAAGUUACUUCUGCGUACAAUUCCCAACGUUUACGUCAAAGUGCCAAGCCACCUGGCCGAAACUUGCGGCAUCCAGUACGUUUCUGUGUUCGAGCAGUAUCCCAAUCUAGCCAGCAGAGAUAUUCUACCCCGGGAAAGGACGGGAUUGCGACCGCCCGAGUUGAAGCAUCUCUGCAGGUGUCAAAUAAGACAGUGUCUCCACGAUAAUUGGACUCUACCGCACGGCAUUCGACAGUUGCAAAUUCCACAGACACUUCAAGAUUACUUAGAUUUGAUGGCCGACUGAACCACGUCUCAACUGCUGCUCUCUUAUUAUUACUAUUUCUGGCGACGAGCAUUAACCUCAAUAUCAACUAAAUUAUUCACAUUACUCUUGAAUACGUGACACCCUUGUAGCCAUUUUUCAUUUUUCAUAAAUAGAACACACUACUCUACUUCAUAAAUAGCCAUUGUUACGAGUCCUGCGGAUAGAUCCAGGGCCAAACACGUAUACAUUUUUAGUUUUGUACUUAAUUGUAAAUGUGAUUCCUUCUCCACAAUUUGUCCCGAACAAACAGAAUAGAAUGAACAAAGUAGAAUAAAUCUUUUUCAUUUUCAAUAUAUCGCGAGAAGAAAUACAACAACCUCUAACCUCUAAGAAACGUUGAAAGUUUCAAGAUUGGAAACUUAAGAAUGAUAAUAACUUCUCGCGCAUUGCAUUUUGUAACGCCAGAUUUCUAAAGACGCAAUAUAACUUACUACUACGAUUCGGGCAUAGUUGAUGCAGACUACAUACAAGAGCCAAGUACUGUAUACAACCUGAAUAUUUUUAUGCAUAUCUACGCAUAUCUCUGGAAUGGUUCAAUUGAUUUCGAAGUGAGCAAGUUCAUUUCAUUAUGAAGAAUAACUUUGAGAGUAAUUGUAAAAUAUCCAUUUAUAGUCGACUUCUAUUUGGAAAAUUAAUCUUAUUUCGUUAAAGCAUGAGAUUUUUAGAAUUUACGUCGCGAAAUUGGCACUACUAAUUUGUAAUCAAUAUUCAAAUUGACUCCAGAUCGCUUGGAGAUUGUGUAAUGAUU